GUUGUAGCAAUAAUGGGUAAAGAGAAGGUUCAUAUCAACAUUGUGGUGAUUGGCCAUGUGGACUCUGGAAAGUCCACUACCACGGGUCACCUCAUCUACAAGCUUGGAGGUAUUGACAAACGUGUGAUAGAGAGAUUCGAGAAAGAAGCUGCUGAGAUGAACAAGAGGUCAUUCAAGUAUGCCUGGGUUCUUGACAAGCUCAAGGCUGAGCGUGAAAGAGGAAUCACCAUUGACAUUGCUCUCUGGAAAUUUGAGACCACCAAGUACUACUGCACAGUCAUUGAUGCCCCCGGACACAGGGAUUUCAUUAAGAAUAUGAUUACUGGGACAUCCCAAGCUGAUUGUGCUGUUCUUAUUAUUGAUUCCACCACUGGUGGUUUUGAAGCUGGUAUUUCUAAGGAUGGACAGACCCGUGAACAUGCUCUCCUUGCUUUCACUCUUGGUGUGAGGCAGAUGAUUUGCUGCUGUAACAAGAUGGAUGCUACUACGCCUAAGUACUCCAAGGCAAGGUAUGAUGAAAUUGUGAAGGAAGUUUCUUCUUACAUGAAGAAGGUCGGUUACAACCCUGACAAGAUCCCUUUUGUUCCCAUCUCUGGUUUUGAGGGAGAUAACAUGAUUGAGAGGUCUACCAACCUUGACUGGUACAAGGGUCCAACUCUUCUGGAGGCUCUUGAUCAGAUCAAUGAGCCAAAGAGGCCAUCAGACAAGCCUCUUAGGUUGCCCCUUCAGGAUGUGUACAAGAUUGGAGGAAUUGGAACUGUGCCUGUCGGACGUGUUGAAACUGGUGUCUUGAAACCUGGAAUGGUUGUUACCUUUGCACCCACUGGACUGACAACUGAAGUUAAGUCCGUGGAGAUGCACCACGAAACACUCACUGAGGCUCUUCCCGGUGACAAUGUGGGAUUCAACGUGAAGAAUGUUGCUGUGAAGGAUUUGAAACGUGGUUUCGUUGCCUCAAACUCCAAGGAUGACCCUGCGAAGGAGGCUGCAAAUUUCACGUCCCAAGUUAUCAUCAUGAAUCAUCCUGGGCAGAUUGGAAAUGGCUAUGCACCUGUUCUUGACUGCCACACCUCCCACAUUGCUGUGAAGUUUGCCGAACUCGUGACCAAGAUUGACAGGCGGUCUGGUAAAGAGCUGGAGAAGGAGCCUAAAUUCCUGAAGAACGGAGAUGCUGGUUUUGUGAAGAUGAUUCCCACAAAGCCCAUGGUGGUUGAAACCUUCUCUGAAUAUCCUCCACUUGGUCGUUUUGCUGUGAGAGACAUGCGUCAGACCGUGGCUGUUGGUGUCAUCAAGAGCGUGGAGAAGAAGGACCCUACAGGAGCUAAGGUCACCAAGGCUGCACAGAAGAAGGGCAAAUGACUAGUGCAGGAUGGUCUAUUAAGGAAUCUCUAUUACCAUGACUAUGAUAAAUGUUGUCUUCUUCGUAGUAGUACUUUUUUUCAUGUCGGGAACUUGUUUAUCAUAUCAUGUGUCAGUGUCAGUUUUGCUCCGUCAUCCCGCAACUAUUGUUCUCAGAACUGGGUUCUUGAUCGACGGUGGCAAAGUUUAUUUCCUUUUUCUACUUUUUUGCUUUGUUUCUAUUACGAUGUGUUUGUCUUUGAGAAUAAUUGUAUCUUUGGAGGUACAACGAGUCUUAGGAUUUGUCCUAUGAUGCA